CAAAUAGGCUGUAAUUUUUCAUUUACUUGCUUCGCUGGAUUCCUGCUUGUGGUCGCCAGAAGCAAGUAUUCUCUGUGCAACUUACAGGCCACGACCAAUCCCUCUAUGGCUGUGCAAACAUAGCGCACUGCAAGUCUCUACCCGUUCGUUUCGAAAAGUCGUGUGCGAUUUAGCUGCAACACCAACAUUUCGACGAAGCGCGGCUGAACGAGCGAAAUUAUGGCGACUCAACGCCUUACAUUCCUAUAUCCCAACUUCCUUCGAGCCGUGCGUGCCUGCGAACCGAAAACUCACCACUCAAUUCGCUCUCCACCUGUCACGAAGUGUAGGCGCAAAUCCAGCUUGCAUACGACUGCCCGUCGCCAACAAGAUGCGAUUCCGCAACGAUAUGGGCCGGCCGCAGGCAGUCAAAACGCGCCGCCGCCGCCUCCUCCUCCCUCUCCUUCCUCCCCUGCGUCCAAGCCUGAGGAACCCUCGUCACCGAAGCAGGAACAGCAGAAACAGCCAGAAGACAAGGCAGCGACCUCCUCAUCGCGCGAAUAUCAUCACACGGAGGAUGACACGGGACAGGACGUACCGCAAGAGUCCAACACAACGUCCGACUAUAUCGACGAGGCUUCCGUGAGCACAGGACGGCCGAAGAUCAAGCCAGAUACCGAGGCCAAGUUGGAGAACAAAGAACUCGACGUCGUGCUGUCUAUACCCUCGCCGUCCGAGAUCAAGGGCAAAGGUCACCGGCACCCACACCUGGAGCCGCCUCCGUACGAGCACUACUUUGACACGUACGGCCUCGUCCAGCAACUCGCCGCCGAAAACGCCUACACCGUCGAACAGGCCACGACACUGAUGAAGGCCAUCCGCCUCAUGCUGACCAUGAACCUGGACGUGGCGAAGGACGGGCUGGUGUCGAAGUCCGACAUCGAGAACGAGUCGUACCUCUUCCGCGCCGCGUGCUCGGAGAUGAAGACGACGCUCCAGACGACCAGACACUCGGAGACCCUGACGCAGCGCAGCCAGCGGGCCCAACUGCAGCACGAGUACGACAUUCUCAACCAAAAAGUGACGCAGGAUCUCAUGAACCUCAAGGAAGAGUUAAAGGGUCUCUUCAAUGACCGGAAGCUGAACCUGCAAGAGGAUAAACGUAAAAUCGACGGGAGGAUCUCGGAAUUGAACUACGAAAUCACGGUGCUGCUGAACAGUGAAGCGAAGAGCGAGGUGGAGGGUCUGAGGUGGGUGUUGACACGCAGGGCGGCUCUGGCCAUCGGACUUUGUGCUUUCAUGAUCAUCUCCGGGCUGAAUUACUCGUCCAUCAAGACUCGCGAACGGGAAGAGGCAGAGAAGAAGCGCAAGGCUCUACAAAAGGCCCAGGAUGAGCGGACCGAAGCUCAAGCGCAGGCCCGGUUCAUGCCACCUCCUCGUGCCAUGGGCACGCAGACCGAGGAGACGCCACUCGAGGAAUCUUUGGGCUAGUACCGACAGAGCACAUGUAUACGUACAUCAAUAUAUAUGUGUGUGAUCAAUCAAGUAACCUGUUUACGGUCUGUUUUCUCGUGGUUACCCAAUAUUUCAGAUGAUGUCCAUGGCACACAUGCAACUUCAGGCUCUACUCUUUAUAGUAUGACAG